GCCUCUGUGGGCACGCAGCAGCAAGCAGAGAUCAGUGCUUGCUCUGUGCUUGCUGCUUUCCAGGGCUGCUCAUCGCUCUCUUGGUGAAUGCUUUAAAAUGUGUUGAUCAGCUUUCACUCAGGCUGAUUUGAAACUGAGAUGGAGAAACACCCUGUGCGUCUGCGUGCCAGCAGCCCAUCCCUUCCCGCUUCUUGCUGUCAGCCCCUGCCAGCUCUUCCCGGCUUUCUUCUCCUGGGGCUUGUUGACCCCUCUCCUGUUUGCGGCUGCCUCCUCAGGACGUGAACAUCUCUAUCCGGCUAAGGGAGAUGCCUUGGAGUCAUCGGGUGUUUUGAAACACACAUUUGAAGUUGCUACCAGGAGAGACUGGGGGAAGCACGCCUGCCUUCAGCGAUGACAGUGCUUCUGGGUAUUUUCGCCGCCAACUGUGUUUCAGCAUGAAGCUUGGCUAGCAGCAAAAUGAACUUAACGGGGGAAGAUGCCUGUUGGGUUGAACGUUUGGUAGCUGAAAGCUGAAGUGUGGUCACCAGCCUGUGUGGAGGAAAGCAGGAUGCGGGUCACCAUGAGGAGGGUGCUGCUGGUGGUGGGCUCGGUGGUCGCCCUGAUGGUGACUCUGCACCUCGGCCAGCAGGUCCUGGAGUGCCAGCAGGUCCUGAGCGAGAGGAGGCACAGGCUGAUGAGACCUGAGAACGAGGAGCUGAUCAUGAUGGACUCCAACCAUGUUGAGUACCGUUACAGCAAGGAGAUGCCCCUGAUAUUCAUUGGUGGGGUCCCACGGAGCGGCACGACGCUGAUGAGGGCCAUGCUGGAUGCCCACCCUGAGGUACGCUGUGGAGAGGAGACCCGCAUCAUCCCUCGGGUGCUGGCCAUGCGGCAGGCCUGGUCCAAAUCAGGGCGAGAGAAGAUGCGCCUGGACGAAGCAGGGGUGACAGACCAAGUUUUGGAUGCCGCUAUGCAGGCCUUUAUACUGGAAGUGAUCGCCAAGCAUGGUGAGCCAGCCAGGUACUUGUGUAACAAGGACCCCUUCACGCUGAAGUCCUCUGUUUACCUGUCCAGGCUGUUCCCCAAUUCCAAAUUCCUCCUGAUGGUUCGAGACGGCCGGGCUUCAGUCCAUUCCAUGAUCACACGGAAAGUGACAAUCGCAGGCUUCGACCUGAACAGCUACCGAGACUGCCUGACCAAGUGGAACAAAGCCAUCGAGGUGAUGUACUCCCAGUGCUUGGAGAUCGGGCGGUCCCGGUGCCUGCCUGUUUACUACGAGCAGCUCGUGCUGCACCCUGAGCAGUCCAUGCAUGCCAUCAUGAAGUUCCUGGACAUCUCCUGGAGCGACACGGUGCUGCACCACGAGGAGCUGAUAGGGAAGCCUGGCGGGGUGUCGCUUUCCAAGAUAGAAAGAUCAACAGACCAGGUUAUCAAGCCGGUGAACAUGGAGGCAUUAUCUAAAUGGAUCGGGCACAUCCCAGGGGAUGUGCUGCAGGACAUGGCCCACAUUGCACCGAUGCUUGCCAGGCUUGGCUAUGACCCCUACGCCAACCCACCCAACUACGGCCACCCCGACCCCUUAGUUGUCAACAACACGCACAGAGUUUUAAAGGGGGAUUAUAAAACGCCAGCCAAUUUGAAAGGUCAUCUGCAGGUGACUCAGAACACAUCAUCUUCUCACUAGGAAAAUUAAUGAUUUCCAGAAUGCUGCAAAUGGCCUUUUGUUGUCCAACAAAGAAGAGUUUGCAACGGCACCAGUGGAAAUCGGUUAUCCAAGCAUAUUGCUUGCUAAUACUAUUGCCAAAAUGACUGCUAUACGAGGAAUGUAUUUGCAUUUAUUUGCAAAGGCCAAACACUUUACACGUCUGAUACUCUGGUACCCACUGUCUGCCUUUCCCCAGCGCUCCGUGGUGAAAGCAUCUGUGGAAAUUCGUACUUCACAGGGGUGUCGGCGUACCUCGGGAGGAGAUUUCGUGGCUGGAGGACUCGUUAAAUCGCGUGUCAAUGUCUCGUAAUGCUGUUCUCUAAUCCAGGGGUCAGAAAUAGGUGUCCUGGCCUUGUAGAGCCUUUGUCGUGCGAGUGAAACACCCCGCCCCGCCCCCCCCC